GAGAUAUCACUCUGUCCUUUCCUCUCCGUGGAUCUCACUCACUUGAUGCUAUUACAAUGUCUUCUGCUGUGACUGCUUUGCCAGCGGCGGCUCCGGCCAAAUCUCCCAAGAAGAGAGCCAAGUCUCUGAGGAAGAAGACGGGCCCCACAGUGUCAGACCUGAUACUGAAGGCCGCGUCCGCGUCCGCGUCCACAGAGCGCGGCGGCCUGUCCCUGGCAGCCCUGAAGAAGGCACUGAAGGCCGGAGGAUACGACGUGGUGAAGAACAAAGCCAGAAUCCUUGUCUCCAUCAGGCGCUUGGUGGCCAACAAAUCUCUGGUCCAAACGAAGGGCACAGGGGCCUCGGGCUCCUUCAAGCUGAACAAGAAGCCCCCCACACCUCGAAAGAAGAAGGUGGUGAAAAAGAAGCCAAAGGCUAAACGGGUCAAGCGGGCCAGCGUCAAGAAAGCAGCCGGAGGUCCCGCUCCAGCAGCCAAGAAGUCACCUAAGAAAAAGAGGAAGGCAAAGAGUCCUAAGAAAGCCAAGAGGCCUGCUGCCGCCAAGAAGCCCCAAAAGCCAAAGAGUCCUAAGAAGGCUAAACGCAAGGUCGCCAAGUCUACCAGGACCAGGGCUUCUGCCAAGAAGUGAAAAAAACUCUUCUAAUGAACACUGAGUGCUGACCAAACACCGGUAUGGUGGCUCCUGUGUGGACUAAAUGUCUGCAUUCAUUCCAAGAACUGAACUUUGCUUUAGCUGUUUUACAGUUGUUCCAUGAUAGGAAAUACUGAAACUGCUGUUUUAACACCCCUUUCCCUGCCACCACCUGCUAUGGUCUGUUAAGAAUUUAUUUGCAAUUGCUGGAAACAAUAAUAAAA